AAUGUCUUAUGUGUUCUAAAAUCAUGAGUAUAUGCAGGUUUAAAAGAAUUAACCCUACCCUCCCAGCGCCCGAUUACCGCAUUAAAUAUCAUCAGUAGGCCUUCUUUAGACAACUCCAACCAUAGAACUUGCGGUGCUGGAAAGUUUUACAAGGCAUUAUGCCUAUGUCUAUCAUAUUUUAUUAUAAUGCUAGUUCCGCUGGCUAAAUGACUAGUUCAAACUAGAUAUUGAUAUACUUGGCCCCGACAAGUUUUGGUCUCUCCGGAUAUUCAUGGAUUUGGGGUGGUAUCAGUCGUCUGUUAUCUAGGAUUACCCACCUGUUUACAACUCGCAAAUAAUGGUCAAGUCCAUCAAUAUUAUGAUAGCUGGUAGGCUUCACUCACUGAAAAGCAUUUUCCAAGCAUCCCUAAACAUGAAGAAGCUAUCGUUAAGUGGUUUGAUCGAUAUUUCAACUACCAGAGACGCGUUGCCUCAACUAACCCGGUCAGUGCAGACUAAACCGCUUAAGAAUGAAAGCUUCUAAAGCAUGAGAAACAUCAGUGAGACCUGGCUACAAUGUAUUCAAGUACGCUUAACGUUGGAUUUACUUCAGAUUCAUUCGCUGAGAUUUCACAAAUACAUCCUUUCUCUGUAAUGCCGCGUAACUUAAGUUCGGGAAUAUAAGUCGAAUCGCCACAUCGAUAUUCUAUUUCAUUAGCGCUUACAUUGCUAAUUACCCCAUAAAUUCCCUAUGUAGGAUUUCAGCAUCAUAGUACGUCCAGUACGAAAAAUUAAUCGGUGUUAUGCGACCUUCCGCAUGGCACACUGACCUUGGUUUACCAGGACUAACAUUGAACAGUGAGAUAGAAGUGCUGGUUUUGAAGCUGUUGACGUCACGAAUAAUGGAACAGGGACAAAAAUUAAGCAGAGACAUAGAUGGAACACCUCAGGUAAUGAUUCCCCCUCAAAUGAUGUAUUGUGGAGGGUACCCUGUAAAUCAGGAUCAAAUCCAAAGUCCCUAUUUCGGUUAUGAUCAUAAUCCCUUCAAUAGUUCACCAAACUUUAGCCCAAACCAAGAUACCGAACAGUCAUCUAUAAGCACAUUUCCUCCCUCCAAUUCUCAACCCGAACCAGGUGUUAAGUCUGAGGAGCCUACAGAUUUUCCCGUUAAUUCUUCAUUAAUUAUUGAAGAAAACAAUAGGAGAAAUAACCAGAAUAUUGUAAACAGUUCACCCAGUUCUAACUGCAAACCAGAGCUUCUGGUCAAUAGCGUUGAUAAUGCACUUAAGGGAACAGGAUCAACGAAAACCGACAAUACAGUACUUCCGAAAAUAGGAAAAGUCAGUCAUUCGGCUCAUCGACCCAAGCUACCUCAGCAAACACUUACAUCUAGUAGAAGUACUCAGAAAGUUCAUUCCAAAGCUAGACCCAAAAAACCCCACCAAGAAGUGUCCACGGAAUCUUCUAACAAGAAUUUGCAACAAUCCAAUCCUUAUGCUCACUGGUAUCAAAUGAUGUCACAGUACUACAACCAAUUUUAUUCACCGUAUCAAAUGGCUCAGCUACCGGUGCUACCUCAACAAUCCACCUCUCACCUUUCUAUGAACAAAUCAUCAAAAACACCUACAAGUCAUCCACUUAAUCCUACUAUAAAAAAUGGACCUGAAGGUUUUCAAAUACCAUCUGUAAAUCAAAUAGGAUCGUUAGACUAUGCAAACUACUACUAUCAAUAUUACGCUGCAGCUGCACAAUUAUGGUCUGGUGGUUAUCCAUAUCAAUUUUUUGGAACAUGUAUUCCUGAAACUCCACGUUUUUACAAUACUCCACAUGUAAAAGCUUGGCUUAGUUGUCCUGGCGUUAUUGUUCAAGUUUUACCUUCAAGGCCAAGGAAUGGAGAAUUUGCCAGAGUUGAAAUAAUUAACCUGUUUGAACUUGUCAAUGAAGCUGUGGCUGAUGCAACGAGAAGAGCAUCAGACAACACUACACGCACUUGCGACUCUGAAUUUAGCCAACAACAACAACCAUCCGAACAAAAUGUUCUUUUUAAUAUGACUGAUUCUGGCAUGCAAACUCCAAGUCGACUCUCUAGUAUUGACGCUGGAGGUGCUGAAGACGAUGGCGAAGAAAUACGUGCCUGUGUCAUGGCUACUGCAUGCUGGAACCAAGCGGAGCAUCAGUUUUAUCCAGGGCCGUUAAAUCGUAUAGGUACUCUAAAAGCUGAUGUACUUGCUUUCUUACAUGAAAAGCUUACGGAGAUUCAAGAUCGGCUACCUAUCGAUUGGGGAUCUGCUGGCUUACUAAUAAUGUUCCUUGAAACCUUGAUUAAAAAUAAUGGUAAUCUGCAGACAUCAGAUCUUGUAAAUCUUUUACUGGAAGGACACAAACCAACUACCGACAGUUUCAGGAGUGGCUCCUAUAGAUAUUCUUCUAGUUCUUAUCUAGGAGUUCAGGUGCCUGUGCAAUAUUCAGGUACUUUAAACAAUUAUAAUCAUCAGGUUGGAGAAUAUGCAAACGAAUCGUUAGCUUCGUUACCUGGGAGUCAAGUUACAAGUGGUCGAGAAAGUCCCGAAUCACAUUUCGAAAUAGACCAUGGAAGUAGUUUAUUACAGCACAGCAAAGCAGCUUCGGAAACUGGAAGAAUGAGUUCUGUCCAAAAUAUUAUUCGACGUGUGGGAGGAGUCCAUAUAGGCGAAAGGGGGUCGCGCAGCCAGGAGUCGGAAGGCAAACUUCUGGAUCGUUUUCGUGAAUUGUUAAUGCAUGGCUUACCAAUAAAAGCGUUAGAACAUGCUUGUCGAUCUAAACUAUGGGGUCAUGCAUUUACAUUGGCUCAUCGGAUGGGUCCUUCAACAUUUGCAAAGGUAAUGGAUCGUUUUCUAAAUAAUGACAUAUCAAUAUCGGAUCCUAUUCUUACAUUGUAUCAAUUAACUGCUGGAGAAAUGCCACAAUCUGUUAAUACAGCGGCUUAUGGACGAGGCAUAGAUAAUGGUGAUUGGAGACCACAUUUAGCUAUGAUAUUGGCUGGUCACUCAUCGCAAUCCGACUUAUCACUUUUGGCCUUGGAACGUCUUGGUGAUGGUUUACUAUCACGAAAACAUGUUUAUGCUGCACACUUAUGCUAUUUACUGAUGAAUUCAUUGAAAAAUAUUGAUGAUAAACAGAAAGAAUUUCGUUUACCUGGUAAAAUCUGGUUAAUUGGUGUCCCUCCCACUUAUAUUACCAGUGGUGGUGAUGUUGUCAACAAUACUUCAGAUGGAUUCCAGGAGGAUAAUAUUGCGUCAAAUCAUACCUUAUCCCCAUUGUUCGCUACUUCAGAAGCUAUUCAACUCACUGAAAUAUAUGAAUAUUCUAUCCAGUUGGCUAACCGUAAAUUUCAUCUACGCCAAUUGAUGCCUUUUCGUCUUGUUUAUGCUAUACGACUUUUGGACGCUGGUUUUAUCGAGAAAGCUUAUCGUUAUUUAACAGCUAUCGGGAAUGAGAUUCUUACUGAAAUUGAUGAAACAGCACAUCAACUUAAGCUUCAAUCAGUAUAUAAUGAUGAUAAUAAUAAUACAUAUGUUGAUCCAUUAUUGUACAGUUUAAUUAGUAAUUGUCUACGAUUAGCUGAACCAUUACAAUAUCAUCCAGAAAUUGAAAGUUUCGAUAUAUUACAAUUAUCAACUAACAGUCAAAUAAUGGAAGAUUAUAGUUUUGGAUUUCAAUUUAAAAAUCCAUCGUAUUCUAUGCCUGUACAAAAUAAAAAUAAAAAUUGGAUUGAACGAUUAAAUCAAAUCUUUAAUCAAAUGAAUCAAAAGAUCAAUCAUCCACGCUACAAAACGUCUGUAGAAAAACCAAAAGAAAAUCCCAGUAGUGAUGCUCAUUUUACUAAUGAAGCUAUGAAAACAGAAUAUUCCGAUCAUAAUGAUUCUAAUGAUCCUCCUCCUCUUCCUCAUCAUCAUCAUCAAUCAUCACUACCACAUCAACAACAACAACAACAGCAACAACAACAACGUCAGUAUCAUCAAUUUAAUAAAGAAUCAAAUUAUAAACCAUCCGUUGAAUAUAGAUCUAAUGUUCAAACACAUGACUCUUCUUUAUUUUUAUCAACGGAUAAUAGAGAUCAACGUAAAGUUAAUAUUUUUAACUCAAAUAGAAAUGAUAACAAUUAUAUUCCUCAUGAAGUCAGUAAUAAUAAUAAUAAUAAUAAGGAACCAAAAAUCAUCUCAAAUUAUUCUUCUAUACGAAAUAAUAAAAAUGAUCAAUUGGUAGAUCCUAUUCAAAAGAUGAAUUCAUCUAAUCAAUCAUCUGUUCAUCAAAGACAAUUGUUUAAUCAUGAAUCAUUCAGUCCACAAUCACCACCUUCAUUAUCAUCAAUACCAUCUCAUGAAUACUCUUAUCAAUCAGAAUCCUAUCGUCAAUUAUCUUCUAAUUCAACAUCUAAUCUUAUUCAACAUAGUGAUAACAUACAACAUAAUUAUUCUAUGAAUUCACCUGUUCAAUUGUCAAAUUAUCCAUUGUCUUUACAAUCAGAUCAACCAAUCAAUUCAAUGUUGCAAUCAUCAUUAGCAGUUUCAACAUCAUCCUCAUCAUCAUCGGUAACAACUACAUUGAAUGAAAUGAAUAAUUCUAUUUUUAUGCCUAUCAAUCAUCAAACUGAUUCACAAUUAAUGAUAAAUAAUGAUAAUAGUUCAUUAAAUUAUUCUACAUUAUCUAAUCAACAACCAUUUGAUUAUUUUGCAAAUAUUCAAAGAAUUCAGUCACGUUCUCGUACAGUAUCCGGUAAUUCUGAAAAUAAUACUGUUAAUAUGAUAAAUUCCACGACUGUUGAUCAAUUGGAUUCAUCAUCCAAUAAUAGUCGGAAUUUCUUAUCUACCAAAUAUGAAAAUUCAUUUACAAACGAACAACAUUUUCAACAACCUCAAAAACAAUCUAUUUCCAAUUUAUCACAAAUGAAUUAUCUUCCUCAACCUUCUAGACAUCCAUCUUCAAUGAUGAAUGAUCAUUUCAAAGAUUACAAUAAUACUCUUGCUACUACUACUACUGCUACUACUUCCACUACUACUAUUAAUAAUGAUAAUAAUAGUAGUAGUGAACGUUUUACACAGGACAAAUCAAGUGAUUUGAAUAAUUUAGAUAAAAAUGAACAACAAUCAAAAGAUGGUUGGUUAUCAGGUUGGUUUGGACGUCUCAAGAAAAAUGGUCCAAAGAAUGUUCAUCUACCGGAUGAUUCUAAGCCUUCUAUAGUUUGGGAUGAUCGCCUUAAACAAUGGAUUGAUGUGAAUGAUCCUGACGGAAGUGAAUCAAACAAGGUACCACCACCUCCACCAGCACCAGCAUCUUCAUUUAUUAUGCCAAAAAAUGAUGAUAGUUCAAUGAGUAAUAGUAGUAGUAGUAAUAAUAUUAAUAAUAAUAAUAGUGCACUGAAUCCACCUCUGUUUCCUACUUAUCAUCCAGUCUCUGUUCCUUCAGGGUCUAUUUCAUCACGUACUAGCAAUUCUCGGUCACGUUAUGUAAAUAUAUUGGCUAGUGAUACUUUAGAAUCCGGAGCAAAUAAAUUGAUCAAUCCACUUCAACCCCCACUUCCACAAACAAUUAACAAUCCACGUUCAUAAAAUUAAUGAAAUCUUUCACAUUUGUGUGUAAUCAUUCUGUUUAUCUUCUUCAUAAACUAUUCUAUCUAUUAGCAAUUACCCUCCAGCAAACUGUUGUAUUCAUAAUAUUACACCAUGAAUCAUAUGUAUGUACGUACAUGCAUGGAUCCACGUGAACUCAGUGAGUCUUGUUCACUCCCUAUUUAAAAAAAGAGGAGUUUUCAAAGCACAAUUCUAAGUAUUACAUGAAUCAGUGAGGAAUAAUACAUUUUAAUAUAGAAAUAAACAAUUUCUUAAUACAAAAAUGAACUUUCCCUUUAUCUCUUCCAGUUGAAAAAAGAUAAAUAAUUAUAUAAUUUAUAUACUAUUGACUUCUUUGAUUAGUUAUUAUUUCCCAUUUGGUUUCUUUUUAAUUUCUCGAAGGUUGUUGUUACUAAGCUCUUUUCUUCUUCUUCUUCUACUCUGGAAAGCGUCAUGAAAUUUAAACUAUUUUCGCCGCCCCCAUCCUUCCACAUUUGGUUACAGCUCAUCAUCACUUUAAUAUUGUUAUUAUUUAGAUUGCACACAAUGAUCCCCUAAUCUGUGAUGUUGUUGAUAAUGAUCAUAUUUCAUGUUCAUACUAUCUUGUUUUUUCUCUUUCUUUCCUUCUUUCUUCGCUUUCUUGUUUGUCUUUUGUUGAACAUUUUGUUCAGUUGUCAAUAUUGAUGAAAUUCUUCCUUCAUUCCCAUCCCCCCCAUCUUCAUGUUAUUAUUUUGGCAAUCUCUGUUUAUUUUAGUUAAUUUGUUGCAAGAAUGUUCUAAGAUUGAAAACAAAAGUACACACAUACACACAGUGACAAAAAUGUUUUUUCUUUAUUUCCCCCUAUUUUUAACCGGUAUUUCUUUUGGUGUAUAUAUGUGUGUGUGUAAAAAUCAUAAAUACACAUGGCUAAAUAUAAGUUUCUCUUUAAUGGUGAUUUAUUGUCGAUAUUGUGUAAAUAUCCGAUAUUAUUAUUGUUGUUCAGACUUUAUUGUAUACCACUUACGUGUUAAUUAGAUAUAGUACCUGAAUCGUGGUGUUAUUGUCUAUAUUUUGAGUAUGGAACCUAACACCUUAAGCUAAUAUUAUCACGAUUAUCUUACCUAGCAGUAGGCUAUUUGGUUUUAAGUCUCCAUGUGUGAAUAUCAAAACUAGGAUGUAGAUAUACUAGUUUGUGUAAAUCAGACGAAACUCACGUUCUGUACUAACCAUUAUUACAAAAAUAUCACCAACCUGU